AUGCUCUCACGUGUUGCUGCAGUCAUGGCGCCCCGCACACACAACCGUUGCCGCGUGACCGGAUCCAGGGGCAGGAGGAGGGAAGGAAGAGAGAGUGAGCCGCAGAGGCCCAACAUGUCCCGGCGUGUGUUUGCUUCCGCUGUGCUGCUCCUCCUCUUCGUUAUGAUGUGCGGCGCCGCUGGGUCAGUGCAGCCCCAAAACUAUGGAACGGGAGUGGGCAAUUCCUAUGGAGGACACAGUUUGGAGCAGUUGCCAAGGGAGUAUCCAGUCGCAAACACAGCGGCCGCUGGCCACAUUUUCCACAAUCCCCAUCUUGUGAAUGUGGACGGGAUGCUCCUGGCCAUUGUUGGAGCUCAGUUCAAUGGAUCUGUGGGGAGCGGGAGUGCGUCCAUGCAGUUGAUGGCACAGAUCAGCGUUGAUGGUGGGAGGACGUGGCGGUCGUACGCGGGACCAGAAGAUCGUGACGCUUUUGCUGCACGCCCUUACUGGUUGCCGUUUCCGUCGUCUUUUGGACCCUUCGGACCGCUUUUUGCUUUUGUGGAGGGCUACGACUUACGGAACGGUGCCAUAAUUCGGUUUGCCGAUGAGCGGGGAAGUGGGUUGGAGUCUGUUAUCCAUUUUCUGGAGACGGGGCCUGGACGAAGCGGAGGUUUUUCAAUGAGUUCCGUCUCUAUGACCAUUCGCCCUCCUUAUCCCUAUAAAUACGGUGACAUGAUUGGCUUCCUCAACGAUGUCAGUACUCCCAUCACGAAAAUGACGGAUAACACGUUCGUGUUUCCCGUGCAGUUUCUGACAUUUGGAGGGGAAACCGCGUCCACAGUCAUGUACUGGAGUUCUGUUCAACCGCACUGGACCUUUGCGAAAAGCGCGACACAUGCGGGCUGCACCAACCCCAGUAUCCUUGAAUGGGAGGCUGGGAAAAUCAUCAUGAUCACCUCAUGUAAUUACGGUCGCCGAAGGGUGUAUGAGUCGACUGACAGGGGGAACACGUGGAAGGAGGCUCUGGGGACGCUCUCGCGCGUGUGGAGCAACUCAGUGCCAGUUCCUGUGCCCCACAUUCAGAGUGGAUUCAUCACUGCAAAUAUUGGCGGAAAGAAGGUGAUCCUCCUCACCCAGCUGGAAUAUCCCAGACACGACAGCAAGGGCGAGAUUCACCUGUGGCUAACAGACACGAACCGCAUUUACCACGUUGGCCUGCUAUCCACUGGGAAUAGUGCAACUUCCAGCUCCCUGUUGUACGCGAAUGAUAAGCUGUAUUGUUUGUACGAGGCCGGUGUUGGAAGCAACUCUGGAGCCUUCUUCCUAGAUCUGACGU